AUGUAUCUUCCGAGGACUCUUCUCUCGCAUCUUUACACACAUCUGGUCCGCAACACGCAUCCACUUUCACCACCAGUCUUGAUCCUCGUAUCCCUCGACCCCGACGCACUCUGCGCGUGCCGAAUCCUCACAGCACUACUCAAACGCGACUACAUCCCCCACAAAGUUCAACCAGUAGCUGGCUACAGUGAAUUAUCUGCUGCUGGCAAGGAUCUGGUGCUUCCAUUGACGCGUCAACAUGGCGGUCAAGGUGGUAUCGUCGUCUGUCUAGGCGUUGGUGGCCUGGUCGACUUGGAAGAGAUGCUCGGUCUGGAUGGAGGUGAGGACCCAGAGACACAGGUGAACAUGUAUGACCACGGUGUCGAAGUCUGGGUCGUCGAUGCCAGAAGGCCCUGGAACUUGCAAAACGUCUUUGGAACAGGAGCCAUGGCACCACCAGAGGAUCAAGAUGCUGGAGUUACCCCAGCCGUGGCCAAGAGGAGGAGAGGCGUUGAUGGAGGCAAACUUCUACCGUCCUACACGCCGGGAAGAGGAGGAAUCAUUGUCUACGACGAUGGCGAUAUUGAACAAGAGUUGAACGCCGAGAAAGAAGCCUUUUGUGCUCUGCAAGACAUGCCCGACAUUGACGAAGAAGCAGACGAUGGUGACCUCGAUGAAGAGAGUGACGAUGAAGAUGCUGUUGAAGACUCGCAAACACGAAAACGAAAGACAUGGAGUGAUGACGAUGCAGAGGAAGAGGCCGACAGUGACGAUGAUGGAGACAGACCAUAUCAGAGGCGGCGAACAUCACGACAUGAACGAUUGGAAAUGUCCAACCACCCUUCGUCUUCACAACUUGGUCCAGUCCCUUCAUCACCACCGCUCCACCCCAAACAGCCAUCAGCACGCUCACUUCGCCGCAAGUUACUCAAGAUGAAGCGAAAGCACGAAGCCGUACUGGAAGCAUACUACUCGUUAGGAACAUCAGCAUCUGAGCCAAUAUCUUCAAUGCUGUACUCGCUUGCUUCUGAGCUCGGUCGUGAAGACAAUGACCUUCUUUGGUUGGCUCUAGUCGGCAUGUCUUCUACAGAACUCUACGGCAGAUCCAAAACGGCAAAUACAGAAACACGCCAGAACCCAUGGAACUUGAGUCGAGGUGACCAGAUUCGUGAUGUACUUCGCGAUGAAGUGCGCCGUCUCAACCCUGUACCGGCUUCAGAUAUUGCCAGAGAAAGAGAUGAAGCUGGUGGCAUCAUACCUACUCAUGCACGCUCACCAACAGACACUUCAAUCCGUCUGUCACCAGAGCCACGCUUCCUCCUGAUCAGACAUUGGUCUUUGUACGAGAGCAUGCUUCAUUCACCAUAUCUGUCAUCACGACUGCACAUCUGGUCUGACGCUGGAAGAAGAAGACUGCACAAGUUUUUGGCCAAGAUGGGUGUCUCCCUUGCCGAAGCCGAAAAGGGCUACACGCACAUGGAUAUGGAACUCAAGCGCGGUCUACGAGAACGCCUCCUGAAGUUUGCUCCUAUGUAUGGCCUCGAUGGACUGGUACCAUCAGAAGACAGCCAUCGUCACAGACACGAAGGUUGGGGCUUCGUCCGCUCUUGGGGUUGGCAAGCUUGUCUCUCAGCUGUCGAUGUCGCUGUCAUCACAAGCGCCAUUCUCGAAGUCGGCGCAGAUCAAUCUUUCGAGACCAUUUCCGCCGCCAACCCUCACACCGACUUCCGCAUGAAGGUCUUCUCCACAAACUACAAUUCACGUAUGCAAGCACUGCCCACACCACCCACAUCACACAAUGGCGACUCAUCACCCUCAGCAUCUCAACUCGAGCACGAAGCUUCAAUCUUGGAUCCUGACUGGACAACAAACCGGUUCUUCGCCGCUUACGACGCUCUAUCUCCUUCAUCGUCAGCACUGCAAUUGUUGUUAUCUCACGUACCCACUGCACAGCAUCUGCACAGGGCCAUCCUCCGCACUGGCAGUGCAUUGAUCUCAAAACACCAGAUCCGCCACUUGCGCGCCUUCCGCAUGGGUGUCGUCCGGGAAGGACCAGACGUGAACCUCUUCAUCCACCCGGGCGCCCUCGUCAAACUCGCCACCUGGAUCUCCGAGGCCAUUUCCGUGCUGGAAGCAGAAAAGGGCGCCAAACGCACGGCAGACAAUGCACUUGUCCUUGCCGCUCUUGACGAGCGUAGAGGUGUUUAUGUCGUUGUCGGUCUUGGUGGUGGAGAUGCGGCUUCAGGACGUGUACGCAGCCGCGCAGAGCAAAAAGCCCGCACAGACAAGAAAGCCGCUCGUGAAGCCAAGAAGGCGGAAAAGAAAGCUCGGAAAGCCGUACAGAAGGCACAACGCAAGCAAGCACGCCGUGAACGUGAUGAGGCCAAUGGCAUCUUCGUCGACUCUGAUGACGAGGCCUCUGAUGCUGAGUCUUUGUCCUCAAGCUCUGAUUCCUCGGACUCGGAAGAUGAUUCGGAAGAUGAGGAAGAGGCAGAGAAGAGGAAGCAGAGAGGCUAUGGAAGCAACAAGUUUGGGUCUGCGUUCCAGGAGGUCGUGGAAGAGACCCGAGCGAGAGUUCGAAUCGAUUCAUUCGAACACGAAGUCGUUGAGGUCAAGAAGGAAGAUCUCAGUGGUUUCUUGGAGGCGUUGAGUUUCAAAGGUGUUGUUGGUUGA